AUGCGUCAGAUUAACUACAGCCAGAGCCGAUAAGUGAUACUAUAUAAAGUGAGGAGAUCAGGGACACGGCACUCACAGUACACAGUACAGUUGCUGCAGCCAUGUCGCCCAGGACCGUUUCAUUCGUCUGUCUCCUAGUCCUUGCCCUCUCUGUGAGAGGAGAUAAGACCGCGGAGGAGCCUCUGUCCUUCUCCAAGUUACUUGAAAACCUGAACACCAAAUUCCAGAAUGUGACCCACACUGUGGAAGGUAUAAUCGGCGUGGACAUCCCCUCUACUCAGGAAGAAGUGAAGACUACACUCCAAGAAAACGUCGACAAGAUCAAAGAAAGCGCCGAGAAAUUCCAGAAGCAGCUAUCCGAAUACAACGUGAACGGCACCACGUUCGCCGGGAUGCUGAGCCAGGUGCAGACCAAGAUCAAUAAGACAGUGGAGGAGCUCGCACAGAGGAACCCUGACGUGGGCAAACUGCUGGAGCAAGUGAAGACCGGAUACAGCAACCUGGCGGCAGUCAGCAAGAGCGUGCAGGACGCAGUGGAGCAGCACGCGGGUACGGCUUCCGAGGAUCUCAAGGCUCUUGCUCAGCAGGCGGGCACUGAGCUCUCCAAGUCGGUCAGCCAGCUCGAGUCCAAGGUCCAAGACUUGCUGGCAGACAAGAAUAAGAAGCAGUAAACUUAUAAGAAUGUAAUCUUCUUGCACAUGUUCUCUUUUGACACUAUGUUUUUAUACGACAUGAAAUGAAUCAUACAUAAGUAUUUUAUUGUAUAAUGCGCAAAUAAACAAAAUCAAAAAUA